UAUUGCUGUGAAAAAAUUAUAAAGACUGAUCAUUAACAUAUAAAAAUAAAAAAAAAUUACAAAAAAUUAUUAUUUUGUAAGUAAUUUUGUAUAUUAUUUUGAUAAAAGACUGAUUAAAAAAAUUCGAUUCAAGAACAUGGCUGUUGUUGGGAGAAGACUUGUUAAUGUUUUGAAAAGCAAAGGUUUACCUAAUAUAUCAAUUUGUCAAAGUCUAUCCAUGGGCACAAAUAAAAAUGAUAGCAAUGUUAAUAUUGUUGAUGAAAAUUCGAUUAGAAAAUCAGUUUUUAUAUCACAAUCGAAUGAUAUUUUUACCAAUUUGGCCCUGGAAGAUUGGUUUUAUCGCAAUUAUAGUUUUGCAAAUCACCACGUACUACUCUUAUGGAGAAACAAUCCAUGUGUGGUGAUUGGACGUCAUCAAAAUCCAUGGCUGGAAUCAAACUACCAAGCUUUAGAUGAUGAUGGUAUUGCACUAGCCAGACGCAACAGUGGUGGUGGAACAGUUUAUCAUGAUAGCGGAAAUCUUAACAUGACUUUCUUUACCCCACGUCAACAAUAUAAUAGACGCUAUAAUCUUGAGAUAAUUUCAAGAGCUUUGUAUCGAGAAUGGGGUCUAAAGACUUAUAUUAAUAAACGAGAAGAUAUAGUUGUUAAUGGUGAUUAUAAAAUAUCUGGAACAGCUGCUAAAUUGGGUCGUCCUAAUGCUUAUCAUCAUUGUACACUGCUAGUUGAUGUGAAUAAAAAGAAAUUGAGCUUAGCAUUAGAAAGAAAGGAGCAGGGAAUUGUUACUAAUGCUACUGAGUCUACAUGUUCACCCGUCAGAAAUGUAACUGACCUCAAUUCUCAUAUCCAAGUAGGUAAUCUAGUAAAUGCUAUCGGCUGGGAGUACCUUCGUACUAAGGCCCUAACAUUAGAAGAUGGAGGAAAUUAUCUCGUUCAGCAACAAAAAGGUUUUCAAAUGAUCAAUCCUACUGAAGAUUGGUUCCCAGGUCUUAAUCAACUUAGAAGUGAAUUUAAAUCAUGGCAAUGGAACUAUGGGAAAUCGCCUAAAUUCACGAUUAAUCGAUUACUUAAAGUGCCUGUAAUAACAAAAAAGACAACCACAACUGACCCAAUUGCUAACGAACACUAUCAUUUACUCAAUCUGACAAUUCAAGUGAAGAAUGGAAUAGUCGAGGAUAUAAAACUGGGCUUACCCUCGGAUUUAGUGCAAGAAACUACUAAUCCCGAAGCAAGUGUAAUAAGUAAUUUUCGAGGUACAAAGUACAAUCACAAAGUAACUGAUAAAAUCAUUUCUGCACUUGGAUGUACAUGUGUACCUGUUGAUGUUACUCAAAAUAUUAAAACUAAUAAUAUAGCAGCGACACAAUAAAUAUUUAUCGUUAUAUUAUUAUUCUUUUUCUUAAGAACAAUCUCAAAAAGUAUAAUAAUAUAUUAAUUAGUAAUGACUUAUUUUAUACAAAAUAAAUUGUAAAUACUAUUGUACAUCAAUAAUUGUAUAAAUAAUUAUUCUUGUUAAUAUUAAAAUCUGUGGUAUGUUUAGUCUCCAUUUUGUCUACGCUUUCAUCAAAGCUUUGGCAGAGUUACAUAGUCAGAUAUUACGUAACUACACAAAAAUAAAUAUAAACCAUUGAGAUGGUAAAGAACCAUUUA